GUAAAAAUAAUUAUGUAAAAUAUUAUUUAAUACAAAAGUAACGUUUAAAUACAUUAUAGUCUUUACUGCGCAGAGCUCUUUUAAGGUAGCAAGAUGACCGCCAUAAAGCACGCUCUCCAGAGGGACAUUUUUACUCCGAAUGAUGAGCGCUUGCUCAGCAUCGUCAAUGUCUGCAAGGCAGGGAAGAAGAAGAAGAACUGUUUCCUGUGUGCCACAGUGACCACAGAGCGUCCUGUGCAGGUCAAGGUGGUAAAGGUAAAGAAGUCGGACAAAGGAGACUUUUACAAGAGACAAAUGGCAUGGGAGCUUCGUGACUUAUCAGAGGUUGAUGCCAAAGAUGCCACCAAGGAGAACCCAGAGUUUGACCUGCACUUUGAGAAGGUGUAUCGUUGGGUGGCUAGCAGCACAGCGGAGAAGAACUCAUUUAUCUCCUGCAUCUGGAAACUAAAUCAGCGCUACCUGAGGAAAAAGGUGGAAUUUGUCAAUGUUAGCUCUCAGCUGCUGGAAGAGUCAGUCCCCAGUGGUGAGAGCCAGAGUGUUGCCGGUGGCGAUGAGGAUGCUCUGGACGAUUACCAGGAGCUGAAUGCUCGUGAGGAGCAGGAUAUCGAGAACAUGAUGAGGGUUUGUGAGUACGCCAUCUCCAAUGCUGAGGCCUUUGCUGAGAAACUUUCUGGCGAGCUCCAGGUCUUGGAUGGUGCCAACAUCCAGUCGAUCAUGGCAUCAGAGAAACAGGUGAACAUCUUGAUGCAACUUCUAGAUGAGGCACUGGGUGAGGUGGACGCCAUUGAGGGAAAGCUGCUAAGCUAUGAGGAGAUGCUGCAGAGUGUCAAGGACCAGAUGGACCAGAUCUCCCAGAGCAACCGCAUCAUUCAGAUUAGCAACACUAACAAUGGGAAACUCCUUGACGAAAUCCAAUUUCUGGUGAACUACAUGGAUCUAUCAAAAGGACACAUCAGAGCUCUUCAGGAAGGUGACCUGUCCUCACCCAAAGGGAUUGAAGCCUGUAUUAAUGCCUCUGAGGCUCUGCUGCAGUGCAUGAACAUUGCUCUCAGACCAGGUCAUGAUAAGCUCUUGGCUGUAAAACAGCAGCAGCAUUUGUUCGCUGAUCUGAGAGACCUUUUUGCCAGACGCCUUACCAACCACCUCAACAAUGUCUUUGUGCACCAGUUCAACCACUUCAGUCACUUCAAAAUGACCAUCCCUCAGUUCUAUAGGUCUUCCUGUCUGUCACUCCCUGGACAUGAUCAGAGCUCCACACUCUCUCAGCACACAGCAGAUCUGACCCUGCCCAAGCACAGCCCGCUACACAGAGAUCUGCUCAGAUAUGCCAAACUAAUGGAGUGGCUGAAGAAUACACAGAGAGAGAAAUACGAGGGCCUGUCCAGAACCUAUGUGGACUACAUGACUAGACUGUACGAGAGAGAAAUCAAAGACUUUUUUGAAGUUGCAAAAAUUAAAAUGGCAGGAACCACCAAGGAUGGGAAGGGAAAGUUUGCCACGCUUCCUCGGAAAGAGAGCGCUCUCAAACAGGAAACAGAAAGUCUGCACGGGAGCUCAGGAAAACUGACCGGCUCCACAUCCAGCCUCAACAAGCUGGCUGUUACCAGUUCCAACAGCCGACGCUCACAGUCGUCCUCUUUGCUCGACAUGGGCAACAUGUCCGCUUCUGACUUGGAUGUGGCUGACAGGACCAAGUUUGACAAGAUCUUCGAGCAGGUCCUCAGUGAGCUGGAGCCUCUGUGUCUUGCUGAGCAGGACUUUAUCAGCAAGUUCUUUAAAUUGCAGCAGCAGCCAGCAUCUACUCAGGGAGAGAAUACAGAUGAUUUAGAUGGAAUUACCCACUCCAGACCAGUCAGCGAGCACAGACACUCUAUGUCAUCAGAGAAGGACAUGGUGCGGCAGAUGAUGAAUAAGAUCUUCCACUGCAUUGAGAUGGAGCUGAACAGUCUGAUUGCUCUGGGUGAUAAGAUCGACAGCUUUCACUCGCUCUACAUGCUGGUGAAGAUGAGCCAUCACGUGUGGACGGCUGAGAAUGUAGAUCCUGCCUCGUUCCUCAGUACCACACUGGGCAACGUGCUGGUCACGGUCAAGAGGAACUUCGACAAAUGCAUUUCUGGACAGAUCAGGCAGAUGGGGGAGGUGAAGAUCUCGAAGAAAAGUAAAGUGGGAAUACUGCCCUUUGUUACGGUCUUUGAGGAAUUUGCAGAACUGGCUGAGACGAUUUUCCGUAACGCAGAACGAAGAGGUGACCUGGACAAGGCGUACGUCAAACUAAUCAGAGCUGUCUUUACGAACGUGGAAAAGGUGGCCAAUGAGAGUCAGAAGACUCCUCGUGAUGUGGUGAUGAUGGAGAACUUCCACCACAUCUUCUCCACUCUGUCUCGCCUCAAGAUCUCCUGCCUGGAGUCGGAGAGAAAGGAGGCCAAGCACAAAUACACGGAUCAUCUUCAGUCCUACGUUAUUAACUCACUGGGUCAGCCACUGGAAAAACUUAAUCACUUUUUCGAGGGAGUGGAGGCACGUGUGGCUCAGGGUGUGAGGGAGGAAGAGGUGAGCUACCAGCUGGCCUUUAACAAACAGGAGCUGAGAAAGGUGAUUAAAGAAUACCCAGGUAAAGAGGUAAAGAAGGGCCUGGACAACCUGUACAAGAAAGUGGACAAGCACCUGUGUGAGGAAGAGAGUCUUCUACAAGUGGUGUGGCACUCCAUGCAGGAUGAGUUCAUCCGGCAGUAUAAGCACUUUGAGGGUCUGAUAAACCGCUGUUAUCCCGGCUCAGGCAUCACCAUGGACUUCACCAUCCAGGACAUUCUGGAGUAUUUCUCCAGUAUCGCCCAGUCCCACUAAAACCAGCAAACUCGAGAUAUAGAAAGUUGUGUGUGUGUGUGUGUGUGUGUGUGUGUGUCUGUGUGUCAAUUAAAACUAAAGGGAGUGUGUUGUCAUGUCUGUUUAGAAUGUUAAUGCAGUAAAUCAUAUACUGUGUGUACAUUUACUAAAAUGCUACUUUUGCCAGAUCAAACUGCAUUAUGUAAUACUUAAACACUAUUGUCAAGCAUCAAAAUCAAUGUAUAGAUUUGAGACUUCUGCUGCCCUCAUGCUUUUUUAUGAGUUCCUAAUAACUUUCCUCUGGACUGCCAUGGUCGAAUUCUAUGAUUUAUUGAUUUUUAAUAAAAUAAAAAAUACAGCAUGCACAUAAGUUAUAGCAUGUAAUAUUUUAUGUUUUAUAUUUGUUAUAUUUAGCAAGUAAAGAGAAAUUAUGUACUAAGAUAAUUCCAGGGAUGUCCAAACUUUUACAUAAGACUACAAGAGCUUUGAGUAUGUCAGUGUGAAGGAUGAUUACACCAGUCAAAAUUAGGUAAUUAUUUUCUGUUUAUGUAAAUUCUUAUAGUAUGAAUCAUUAAUUCAUGGAUUCUGACCUGCACCGCUAGCAGUGCACCUACAUUUUGACUUUGCAAGUAAAAAUUAAAGCAUUUGACAGGCAUGUGAAGGCAGCAUUCAUAGAAGCUCUAUUUAGAGGUCUUCACUACUGAUACAUUUCACAUGACUAAACAUUUGCUAAACCAUUCAUGCUCAAAUAUAAUACGGAUUAAUGAUGAUCACCUUCUUUUUGCACUUGCAAUGAAUUGCUGAUGCCAAAUGUAAAAUAAUUUAAAAAAAAAGGUUUCAUACUCGUGUCACAGUUUAUUAAUGCAUUUUGUACAUACUGGUCGGCUUUAACUUAAUGCAUGUGAAACGCCUAGGCUAGCGGCAGGUGUGAUUUGAAAGUUUUAGAGUGCACUAGUCAUAUGCAACUAUACACACACUACAUUGGGAGGGAAUUACCUAGAUGACUGCUGGAAUGUUUUAAAACCCUCUUAGUGAAUAAAAACAUGUUGACAUUAUUU